AUGGCAAAACUCUCCGCUACUUUGGAGGAGAUGUGUGCGGCUCCCGACGAGGACUUCAAAGAUGGCCCCUUACUUGACGGUAAUGUCGGUCAAUUGCUCCAAAAGCUUCAACGCUUGGUUCGAGAGGAGAAGAACCGUCCAGGUCCCGACGAGCUAGUCGAAACUUUGUCCAAGAGGUCCGAGGAGUUGAAGACAUUCUUUUCACAAAGCCCCGUAGAUGCCAUUGGACAAUCCCCGGCAGAAGUGGAAGACUCCCGGCUUGUGGACAUAUUUGUUUCCGGCGGCAGAGCUUCCAAGACGCCCCAAAUUGAGUUUCGGCGAUUCCUUGCGGAACGGAGCCUUGCGAAGAACUACCAUAGUCGGAAUCCAACCCGACUUGACUCGAUGAUUAAGACUAAAUCUUUCAAUUUGCCGAUAACCAGCCAUGGCUCAAUUCGGGCUUUUGCAAGAACAUAUUUUGGGCGAGGCCGAGAGCAGGCAGUGCUUGAGGCUGUGACUAGUGGGCUCAGAGUUCUUGCAGUUGAGGCGGUUAAUGCAUCUGCAUCGCUCAUUUUGGCGUUUGCACGUCAACUCGUUAAGAGUACAUCAAUUCUAUCAACCAACAAACGACUGAUCACGCCCGGUAAUGCGCGAACGAAUCAAUCAAAUGCUGGCGGUGAUGUUACGGAGGCUGUCAGCGCUGAUACAUCAGUUCUGGAGGAGGGAGCGGGAGAGCGUCCCUAUCCUCAGUCCGAAGGACACGAGCGGGAGCAUGAAGGGUUGAUGACGGACCUCCCGCAGAGCCUGGACGAGACGGGGCCCAUGCAUGACAGGAUCAUCGGACAGGCUGAGAGUUACGAACGACCUCCAAAGAGACAGAGGCUAGCGAUAAGCAUGCUCCUAGCGACAAACGAGCGCGCGUCCGACAUGGGAGCUCCAGCUGCUGAAUCCCCAUUGCAGCAAGCAUUCUUAACUCCGUUACCCUCUAAUCCUAUCGGCCAUCAGUCUCCACCAUCGAUGAGCUUGACGAGGAGUGUAGAGGUAGUCGGCGCGGAUACGUCGGCCCCAAUGGCGGAUGCAGGAAUACCGUCAUCCUCGGAAAAGGCUGUCAAUGAUGGGGUCGGAUCCGAGCUGCUCCUACCGAGCGCUACACCGUCUGAACAACACGAGUUCGGGACAAGCCAAGGCGGGUGUCAGGUGGCCAAUUUCACGUAUGCGAGCAGCGUCCUGCACUAUUUAGAUGACGAUGCAUUGAUUGCUUUCGGUCUCAAUCCGGGUAUAUAA